GUGACUAUAACUUGGUGUGUAUUUUUGGAUUAAUUUUGUUCGUGGUAACUGUCAUCAUCCUUACACUCUUCUUCCGGCACUGCAGAAAGAAGGAGAAGGAGUGUUUUAAGCAUUUUGUCAGGCAGUGCUCUCUGGGUAAUAUAGAGGUGGACAGUGAGACCAACCCUUCUCCCAGCCAACCAGAUGAGAAGCCCCACCCACAGGGGAUGCUGUCACAUGCCAGCAAACCCACCAAUCACAGCACAGACUGCUCUUUUCAUCAGCCAGUCAGCUCAGAGCAGGCUGUGCCUCCACCUGGCAGUUUAGGUCCUCUCCACAUCUACAAUCCCCAAACAGUCUUUGUUAGUUUGCUCAAUCAGUUUGGAUGGGAUGGAGGAGAGAAAAAAGCACAUGAACUCCAAGAACAAUCACUAAAUGACAGCAACGCCUCCUCCCCUCAGUCUCCUCCCGUCCAUCUGUCUGAGGAGGAACGCAGCCGAGAGAACGACUUUAUCUUCUUCCCAUCUCAGGAGCAAGGGAAAGAGUGCCACAUAUCUAAAGAAGAGGCGCUGUGAGGGAUCAUGGGAAAUUUGUGUCCGUUCUUCUUCCGUUCGACUGCUGUGUGGUUUGUUUUAACUGAUGCUUUAUAAGCAGCCAGUUUUAAAACUCUAACCCAGGCAGGGGAUUUCAUAGAGAGAAACUGUGUUAGGGGAAGACCUGAGUGACGGUAUGGAUGACGAAAAGUGUUGUGUAUGAGCGGGACAGUUCAUGCCAGCUUUGAAAUGUUCCCCGUACUGUAAUACGUUUAUGCGUAACCAGUGAUUCUAAACCAUCAGAACAGCUGUGGGAUCCUAAUGUCGACAUACCACAGGCUUUCAGUUCACUGCAGGUCUCAUGAUGGUUGAAUGACCCUCAGGAACGAAGCUCUUUUCAAAGUGUUUAAAGGCAAAGAGCAGCUCUAAAACACUCAGAAGAUUCACUUAUACUGUAUGUUGAGAUAUUUAUUUUAAGUAAGUAAUGUUUAGAUCGAUCGAUUGAUUCUGUCUAUAUUGGGAAUGAAUAUCUAUGUAGUAACUUAUGGGGCAUUUUGAAUCUUUUGAACAGUAAACAUUUUUAUUUAUAGCCGUAAUUAAUUCUGUUACAAUUGUUAAUAUCACAAACCCAGUGGUUUAUCAUUGUUCAAUCACGUUAAGUCCCUGGUUGAUGUUGUCAGCGUUCUUCCUCUUUUCUUUGGUUUUUGCCAUGCUGGAUUGUGCUGUCAAAAAAGCCCUGACAUUUUGAUGGUGGUCUGGAAAUGUCAACAGUGUUUCUUUGCUGGGAACUCAAUAAGCAGUGCACGUUGUGUCAUCGUUGUGUUAUGUCGUAUAUUUACAUGUUUUAUACCUGAUAUUGAUUGUACAGUGCAAUAUAAAUAAAUAAAAGUUUAUUUUUUGGUAUUAAAUUUAUUAUUAAAUUCAUUUCAC